AAUGGCCGUGUUCCUUGACGCUGAAAGAUCGGUCCCAUAAAACCAACUCCGCAAGCAGCUGCUGCUGCGUCGUCGUCCUCUUCGUCCCCCUUCUCGUCCUUCGCUACCCAACGACAGAAGACCCGAAAAAGCUUCACACCACGCGCGGAAAGUGAGCCUCGUCUGUCUUCUCCGCAUCCCACCAUCACGACCUUCAUUAUCAAUAUCCAUGGAGAGGUUCACUUCCGUCGCCACCCUUUUGGUCACGGCUUCUCUCUUCGCCGUUUCGGCUGCUGCUCUCAAGGAGGGACAAACCUGCGUCGCGAACAGAUUCUGCGACUCCGGCUUGCACUGCGAGACUUGCGUCACCGAUGGGAACGCGCGCCCUCGAUGCACACGGAUUCGGCCCUCCGAUCCCACUUCACAGGCCAACAAUUUGCCAUUUAACAGGUACUCGUGGCUAACGACCCACAAUGCAUAUGCAAGGAUGCAAGUGAAAUCGGCUACUGGAUCAGUCAUAGUAUCUCCCAGGAACCAGCAAGACUCCGUCACUGAUCAGCUGAAUAAUGGCGUUAGGGGACUAAUGCUGGAUAUGUAUGACUUCGAAAAUGAUAUCUGGUUAUGUCACUCCUAUGGGGGAAAUUGCUACAACUAUACAGCUUUUCAACCAGCCAUUAAUGUUCUGAAAGAACUUCAAACAUUUCUGGAAGCAAACCCAUCCGAGAUUGUGACUAUUAUAAUCGAAGACUAUGUUUCAUCGCCUAAUGGACUGACCAAGGUGUUUGAUGCUGCUGGCUUGAGGAAAUAUUGGUUUCCAGUAUCUCGUAUGCCUAAAAAUGGUGGCAAUUGGCCAACAGUAAACGAUAUGGUCCAAAAGAAUCAGCGCCUGCUAGUUUUCACUUCAAAAUCAUCAAAAGAGGCUUCUGAAGGAAUUGCGUACCAGUGGCGAUACAUGGUGGAAAACCAGUAUGGUGAUGGAGGGAUGACAGCCGGUCUUUGCCCAAACCGUGCAGAGUCUCCCUCAAUGAACACAACAAGCAGGUCUCUGGUUCUUGUGAACUAUUUCCCAGAUAUGCCAGACUUCACCAAAGCUUGCAAGCACAAUUCAGCCCCCUUGAUCAGCAUGGUUAACACCUGUUACGGAGCAGCCGGCAAACGGUGGCCUAACUUCAUAGCAGUUGACUUUUACAAGAGGAGCGAUGGUGGGGGAGCCCCGGCGGCGGUAGAUAUGGCUAAUGGUCAUCUUGUCUGCGGAUGUAAUAGUAUAACCUCUUGCAAGGCGAACAUGACUUUUGGUUCGUGCAACAUACCGGGGCCUGCAAAUGCCCCAACGCAGGCUGCACCCGAUACUAGCUUUGCUCAUUUAAGUCGUCGAUCACUUUGUCAGUGGCGGUUUGUCGGUAUGGCGCUGUUAAUUCUCUUCUCAGUGUGAAGAGAAAAUGGAAAUAUUUCUUUGUGCAUUAUUUGAUACGUUCGUGAUUGGAGAAAUAUCCUCGUACCAAAGUGAAGUAGAGCAGUUUAGAAUUGGCAGUCGGUGGACAUGGGAUGUGAAGGGGUCAGAAGCUUAUGUUCUUCGUUGAUCUAAGUCGAAUUACUUGAUCUGAUUAUGGGCUUGGAGCCCUUGUUGAA